AUGACACCUAGCGGUGGGGCUUCGUUAAAACGUGAACCUCCAACUGGCAGCGGUGGGGUCAAUGCUGGUGCACCACAGGAUGGAUCGGGCUAUGGGACAUUAGUCCAACGUGGUGGAGGUCCAUUAACUGCUUCCAUGAUGACUGAUCCAUCAAUUGGUAGCGGUAUUAAUGGUGUACCAAUGAAUGCUGUUUAUUAUCGUGGCAGUCAGCAGGCAUUACAUAUGUACCCUAAUGGAAUGAGUACUCCUCAAUCUCAACAACAACAUCAUCAAGGUGGCGGUGGUGUAUAUCAAUCAAAUCAACAACAGGCAUUUUUUAUGCAACAACAAAUGCAACAUGCUCAAAUGUAUCCAGGUUAUUUUAGUCCACAGCCUCAGUCACAUUUCGAUUCUAUGGGACAUGUGCAUCAUAAUUUCAAUCAUACUGACGGCGAAUCGGUCUAUUCAUACUUUAGCCAACAAGAUAUGAAUCAACCUGGUCCACACCAACAUUUAAAUCCAUUGCCCGAAGAAAAUCAACUAAAUCAAUGUGAAAAUGGUCCCGGUUACGUGGACUCUAGUAUUCAAACAGCUGAUAUGAAUGACGGGGGUGACGGCACAACAGCGACGGCGGCAGUAGGCACGACUACAGAUCCUGGUACCGGCGGUAGUCCAGUCGCCGGUGGUGGUAGUCAUCGCCAUCAUCGUCGAAGGAGACGUAAACAGUCACAACAACAACAAUCCCAGUCAUUGUCACAACAACCCGCAGAUAUGUCGGAUACAUCAAGAAAUGUUGGUGUCGAUGAUCCCGCUACUUGUGGCGGCGGUGGGAUGGUGAUGAUGGACCGUUUACAAAACCAAGCUCAAUCAGUUCGUGGUUCACAAAUGGAUAUAGGUUUAGUACAGAAACGACAACAUACUCUAUCUCCUGGACCGUAUUCCGAUACAGAUCCAAUGAUGAAUGGUCAAUCUAACAUGCCACCUGGUCAUCAUUCUUAUCCACAUCCAAAUGGAUCGAUGGAACCAUCACCAAUGUCAAGAUAUAUUCGUUAUGAUUCACCUCAACGUGCUCCAUCUGUACUGGGUCAAUUACCACCUCCUAAUCAACCUCCGCCGCCACCACCUCCCCCAGCUGUAGCAGCUAUGGCAUUCGCUGCCCAGAUGAAUAGCUCAGAUCAUAGUCGACACAAUUCAAUGACUUAUCAACAACAUCAUCAUUUUAAUCCAGAUUCCCUUUCUCGUCACAUUGGCGGUGGCAGUGGGGUCGGUGCUGCUACUGGUGGCAGUUCCGGAGUUUAUCACCCAUCUGGUUCUGGUACUACCGGUUUAUUAGUCGGUCCACCACCUCGUAUACGUGACUAUUCGGAAUAUGGCAUUCCACGGGGUAUUGGUCUUCCGCCGACACCAGCUGCUGCGGGAGGCGGUGGACAACCGCAACCACCACAGCACAAUGUCUUGAUGUCACCUGGUAGUGUCAAUAAUAAUAUCAAUAAUGCUAAUCAUGGAAGCGUGUAUUAUGACGGUCAUUAUCGCGAAGGUCAAGCAUAG